AUGGGUCGGAAGUGCCAGCCCCUCUCCUUGUCUGGGGGGGUGGUGGUGGUGGUGGAAGAGAUGGACCUCACUGCUCUGGCGGCGGCUGGGGCGGCGUGCCCGGCUUCUCUACCCGCCCGCCAAGCUGCACAGCGCCCGCCCGCCUCGCCCUUGGUGGUGGCGGCGGCGGCUGCAGGAGACCUUUCGGCACGUGCUCCGGGGCAGCAUCUGCGGGCGGCCAGGCGGCUGGAGCCGACAGCCGCGCUCAACACGGACCCCUCCGUCUUGUGCAAGUACCGAGCCGGGUUCAACGAGUGCAUGACCGAGGUGACUCGCUUCCUCUCCUCCUGCGAGGCCGUGAAGACGGAGGUCCGCAACCGGCUGCUCGGACACCUGGCCGGCUGCCUGAGUCAGAUUAGCGCCCUGAACUAUCCCGCCCCGCAGUCUGCAGCGCUGCCCGCGACGCCCGGCGCCCAGCAUGGAGCCUCUUUGGGGCAGCCCCUGGUACAGAUGCCCGCCGGCGCGGCGCCCCCUUCUGGCGGCGCGGCUUCCUGCAAGGUCGGCAAUCCGGCGGGCGAGAGCGUCAAGGUGUGCGGCGGCUUCCAGCUGGUGCCGGCUUCCGACGGGCAGUUCGCCUUCCUCAUCCCCAACGCCGCCUUUGCACCCCACGGCGGCGCGGUCAUCCCACUCUACACCGGUGGGGGUUUGAGCUCAGGCCCUCCUGCCGCCAGCAUCUCGUCAAGAUCGGCUGCCCCAUCGCUGCCGGCAGACUCGCUCUGGAGACCCUGGUGAGCACUGGAGGACCACACCUGGGCCCCGGACUCAGGCCUGCGGGUGGCCGCUUGGACUCUAUGGCCCCCUCGGAGGCAGCUUCUCCUCUGUCUGCCUGUAAAUAGGACCUACCGUUCAUGUUGGAUUGUGCUUUCCCCAAGACUGGCCCCCUCCUCUCUGCGGUGUGGGGGAGACGGGGGUCCGAGUGUACUUUCCCUCCUUGUCUUUCUGCCUUUUUUUUUUUAAUUUCCAAACAAUACCAAAGAUUGAUUUGUUCUUAUACAAAAA